GUUCCAUUAAGAAGCUCUCUCUCUUUCUCUUUUUGUAGUUUCAUCGAACGUGAUGAAGUCAAUCUUAUCCACCACUUCUCUCGACUCAUCAUUCUCUCUCUCUAAACGUUACUUCAGUUGGAAGAAGAAGAAGGUUCAAGAACAAGACCAAGAGGAAGAAGAAGAUGAUGAAGAAGACAACAACAACGAAGAAAAAAUCUUGACCCGUUUCAACUUCUCCUCUGACCCGACCCGCACGGAUCAUUUUGAUAUUCAUCAGAUAACAAAAAAGAAUAAGAAGAAAAAAAAGACUAUCGAGAAGAUCCGUUACGCGCUCGGGUUCUCUAACUCGGGUCUGGGUUUCCGGGUCGUUGGGACAUUAUUCGGAAACCGUCGUGGACACGUGUUUUUCGCCGUACAGGAUGAACCGACCCGUUUACCCGCGGUUUUGAUCCAGUUACCGACUCCAACGAGCGUUCUCGUCAAGGAAAUGGCUUCAGGGCUGGUGAGGAUCGCUCUCGAAACGGCGGCGUUUAAGACGGACUCGAAGAAGCUUUUGGAGGAGUCCACGUGGCGAACGUACUGUAACGGGAGAAAAUGCGGCUACGCGGCGAGGAAAGAGUGUGGAGAGGCGGAGUGGAGAGUGUUGAAGGCGGUGGGGCCCAUAACUAUGGGUGCCGGAGUUUUACCGGCCGUGGUGGGAGAAGGGAAUGAAGCGGUGGGGUCCGAGAAAGGUGAGCUCAUGUAUAUGAGAGCCCGGUUCGAGCGGGUUAUCGGGUCGAGAGAUUCGGAGGCGUUUUAUAUGAUGAGUCCUGAUGGGUCAAGUGGUGGGCCGGAGCUUAGUGUCUAUUUUCUAAGGGUUUAAGUGGAAGAAAAAAAAAACAAAUUAGUGUAUGAUUAAGGAAGGUAAUAUGUGCCAAGGAAUUUAAGAAUGUGUUUUGAUUUUGGGGUUUUUGUUUUUAGUGAUGGGAUAUGGAAUAUGGGACAUGUUGUUCUGUACUAAUGUUUUUAUGAAAUCCAUGUUUCUUUUGGCAUUUGCCAAUGUUGAAGUAUCUUAAUCAAACGGUUUUUUUCUUUGUAAUAUUACUUAAAAACUAUAAACUUGUCUACCAAAAGUGAAUUGAAU